UUUCCACGCAAAUUAUUCCAUUCAUGCAAAUUUGGCCAGUGAAUAUAAUCAGAUAAUGAUGCAUCAAAAAAUGGUAGUGCACGUUUUAUCUCCUCUUGUACAUUCGUCACACUAAUGUUAAACCAAACAGCUAGUACUCUGUAAGAAUGGUAAGUUCGUAACCAAAUCAAAACAAGUAAAACCCGAUUUCUUUUAGACAAAAUGUUAUCAUGUUUACUUGGAAGAGGUAUGAUAUUUACAAGUUCUAGGAAAGUCUCAGGACUUUCUCCAGUGGUUUCAAAGAACUCGUAUCGCCGAUCUGAGAUCAAGCCAAACACAUUUCUACCAGUACAUGGACCGUCGGAGUUGGGUAAAAGCCUGUUUCUUACAUCUAGUAGAGGAUCUGGAGGUAGGCGACAGACAAGAAGUAGCGAUCUCAUAACACAUUUCUGGUAUUCUGUAAAAUCGGGCGGAAGGUGGGCAAACAAAAUAACUGCUCGUAACAUACGUCUUCGUCGUUGGCGGUCCAUCUUAUUCUGAAAAAAAUAGUAAAAAGAUUGAAUACACACACUGAAGUACCCGCAAAACUAACAGCCUAUACAGUACUAUGUAAUAUUGUUGGUAGUAAAUUGUGCACGAUUUUCACGAAAUAUAAGUAGUAGCAUAAACCAUCAUUGAGUGUAGUUUAAAAUCAUCAUAUUGGUUUACAAAAAGUUGAAUUUGAAUUGUUAAAAUGGAAAACGAUGAAGAAACCAUAUUGCAAAGACGUAAAAGAACGGUGAAAUUCUCAGAACAGGAAAUUCUGUUAAUUUUGCGGGCCUACCUCACUCACCCGAGCAAAUGGUCAGAGAUAAUUAAUGAUGUGAAGGCGAACAUAGAUCAGCUUGAACAAGCAACCAGAAAUCUGUAUAGUUCAGCCACAAACAAACAAUUGAGGGACCGCAUGUGGACGAAAUUGAGUUCACUCAUGUCUAAGAGGCAGGAAAAUAUAGAAAGUGAACCAAUAAGAGAAAAAUUGAAUGACAUCAGAAACAUGGAGCGGCAAUUGGUUCACGUGCAACCAGAGCCCCAACCUCCACAGCAAGACAAUGCAGCUGCUCCUGCUGUAUCACCUGCAUUUCCCAAUCCAGAGCAACGUCCUGCACAGGACCCGCGAAAUGAGAUCGCUGCCGCAAUUUCAAAUGAGAGUGACCAGGAUAAGGAACCUAAACCGUAG